AUGCAUGCAACGGUAAACCAACCAGCCCCUUCCUACAACAUAGCGGUCAUUGGUUCCGGUCUGGGUGGCCUAUCCGCCGCUAUUGCCCUCCGUCGCACCGGCCACAAAGUCACCAUCUACGAAAGAUAUGAUUUCAGCGGCGAAGUCGGUGCCUCGCUCUCAUUGGCCUCAAACGGCUCUCGCUUCCUGCAAGAAUGGCAAGUGGACAUAUCCCCCGCCAAGCCCGUCGUCCUGCAGAAGCUCAUCCGCCACGAGUGGUCCUCGGGAAACGUUACCGCCGAGAUCGAUCUCCAUGGGCAUCUGAAAAAUGUGGCCAUUGCCGAAACGGGAGGCGGGUCUCCGGCGCAGCUAAGAGUUUGCCAUCAGGCGAUCAAAUUGGAUCCCGCUCAGGGGAAAAUAACAUUCGAUACCGGCAAAGAGGCUGUUCACGAUGUAGUCGUCUGCGCGGACGGCAUUAGGAGCCAGAUGCGAGAGCAGCUUGGCAUCGUUCCAGACGUCGCACCAUCCACGUCGUGUUGUUACCGGUGUAUCAUCAGCGCUGAGAGGCUCCGUGAACUGGGACUCGGCGAGUUUGCUGAAAACAGUGCCAUUGAGUUUUGGGGCGGCAACGGCAUCGAUAAAGUUGUCAUGAGCCCAUGUUCAAACCACCAAGUUGUUAGUUGCUAUUGCUUCUACCCAGCGGAAAAGAAUAAUCUCAAAGAGGAUGGCUGGAAUAUUUCUUACACAGGGGAGAAUCUUGCAGCAGCAUUCCCCGAUUUAGACGAGCGACUGCGCACCCUGUUUCGUAACGCAGAGGAUGUCAAGAUGUGGCGCCUGUACAACCAUGAGCCCUACCCCUAUUGGGUCAGAGGCCGUUGCUGCCUACUUGGAGAUGCAGCUCAUCCGAUGAUGCCCGAUCAAUCUCAGGGCGCAUGCAUGGCGCUCGAGGAUGCAGGGGCACUCGGCAUACUCUUCUCCACCAAAUAUGCGCACCUGUCUAUACCUGAAAAGCUUCAGCUGUACGAAUUGGAGCGCAAGCCACGCGCCACGCGAGUACAAGAGAGCAGUCGAAGGGCCAGAACAGACAUCACAGAAAGGAUCGGUUGGAGCAGCGCCAACGACCGCCCGGGGAAGCUGACUAUUGAAGAAGCUGGGCCUCUUUGCUAA